UGGCCGGAUUCGUCUCCAGUUUCCCAUUCUUUAAGUUGCUGAGAUAUUAAAGCCCCUGUCGCCCACCGUUAUUACACUCCUGAAUAGAGCAACACAAGUUAUAACUUAUUCACAACCAGGCCAACACCAAACCAGUCCAAGCCAACCCCUCAGCCCAGCCGCCACCAUGACGACCCCCAAGGAAGCCCACUCCCGACAAUACUCCCACAUCAACGGCACACCCGAAGACCUCCUUCACCGUCUAGCCAUCUCCGAACUCUGCAAAGGCUGGCCCGUGUACCGCGAUGCCUCGGAGUGGAUGAACUUUCGCUCCCUCUUCGCCCAAGACGCUACCGUCUGGACCACCUGGAGCGGAGCCCGUUCCGUCGACGACUUCAUCGCCAUCUCCAAAGCCGGCAAAGCCUCAGGCGCCUUCAUCCAGCACCGCGAGUGCGGCACCCUCGUGGAGCUGAACCGCGAGAUGAACCGCGCCGUGGGGAAGAUGAAGGCGACCAUCACGCAGCGCUUCGUCUCGCCCGAGGGAAUCGAGUACGACGUCGACUGCGACUGCCGCUUCCUCUUCUUCUGUACCUACGUCAAUGAGUCGCCGAUGAUGAUGAUGGAGGGCGACAGCGCCAGCGGCACGGGCGCCGGCGUGGAGGAUGUCAGUGGUGGCGAGUGGAAGGCGCAGUACGUGAAGCUGAUUUAUGAAAAAGACCGCCUCGUCCCCGUGGAUGGCGUCAACGUGCCCAAGUUUGAGCUGGAGGAGCUGGAGAAGUAUCCCGUGGGAUAUCGCUACCUGAGUGUGGCGCAGGCUUCGCUGGGACAUGAGAUCGAUACGAAACUGGCGACGGUGAAGGAUAUUGGUACCUUCGAGAGAAUGUAUGCUUGUAUGGAGAAGUGGCUGGAUGGGGAAGAUCCAGAGCUGUUCUGGUAGGGACCAGACUGGAGCUUAGAUGCACGAGGUUGGACUUGAGAUCACUCCGGCGCCCCCAUAGCACGGGCAAGGGUCGUGUUAUGUUAUCAACCAAAAGGCCGUUCACUCCGUAGCCCAGGCAGG